AUGAGACCCAUAAAAUUGUCCUUUCUAUGUACUCUCGCAACAAUUCUAUUAAUUUCCCACUCAAAAGCCGGCCCACAGCAACAAUUUCGAGAGGCCCCCAAAUUCUACAAUGCCCCCAACUGCCCUUCCAUCCCCACAAACGACGCCGUUUGCUCCCCCGACGCCGUCCACGUGGCCAUGACCCUCGACGCCGCCUACCUCCGUGGCUCCAUGGCCGCCGUCCUCUCCACCCUCCAGCACGCCGCCUGCCCGGAGAAUCUCUUUUUCCACUUCGUCACUCCUCCGUCCUCUGCAGGGGGCGGCGGAGCCGCCUCCGCCGUCUCCGCCGCGUUCCCCUACCUCCCCUUCCGCGUCGUCCCCUUCCGGCAGUCCGCCGCCGUGUCCCGCCUCAUCUCCACCUCCAUCCGCCCCGCCCUCGACUGCCCCCUCAACUACGCACGCACCUACCUCGCCGACCUCCUCCCUGCCUGCGUUCGCCGCGCCGUCUACCUCGACUCCGAUCUCGUCCUAGUCGACGACGUCGCCCGCCUCGCCGCCACGCCGCUCGCCGGAGGGGCCGUCCUCGCCGCACCGGAGUACUGCGAGGCCAACUUCACCGCCUACUUCACCCCGACGUUCUGGUCCAGCCCCGCCCUGUCGGCGGCGUUCGCAGGACGGCGGCCGUGCUACUUCAACACGGGGGUGAUGGUGGUGGACCUGGCGGGGUGGAGGGCGGGUGGGUACACGCGCCGGAUCGAGGAGUGGAUGGAGGUUCAGAAGCGGAUGCGGAUCUACGAGCUGGGGUCGCUGCCGCCGUUCCUGCUAGUGUUCGCCGGCGAGAUCGCGGCGGUGGACCACCGGUGGAACCAGCACGGGCUCGGCGGAGACAAUUUCCGGGGGCUGUGCAGGGACCUGCACCCUGGGCCGAUUUUAAGGGUGUGCGAUUUUGGCGUCACGCAUUAA